CAGCCGAAACUAACCAGUACAUCUAUUCCUUGAACCCGAUGUUAAAGCAUUCGCUACUGGACAUCAUUGCCACUGGAGAUUUGGAUGCAUUUUUCCCAGCAGCAACACGUGAAUAUGCCCUCCCAGUGGAAGAGGUGUGGAAGGAUCCUGCUAUACAGGAAACAUACAAGAGCAAAUAUGAGCUUCAUUUCCUUCCAGUUAUAGCAGAUUACUUCUUGAGCAAGGCUGUUGAGGUAUCAAGCAAUGAGUAUGAACCUUCAGAGUGAUAUAUACUGUAUCCUAAAGAAGUUACCCAAGGCAAUGGUUUGGCUAUUAUGGAGUUCUCCUUGGAUGAUCUAAAACCUAUGU